CUCCCCGCCCCCUGCCGCGGAGCCUCCCGGCUCCCCUCCCCACCCCACCUGCGGGCUGUGGCUCUCCGCGGGAGAUCUCACCGUUCUGGAGACAGGGCUCGCUCUCUCUCAUUGGAGACUGGAAGGACGGGCUGUCUGGGCCUUAGGAAAGGCCCAUGCUGUAUAAGGCAUGGGGAAAGGAAAGGAAGAAAGGAAACGAACAAGGAGCGCUUCUAACUGCCGCUUCCUGCCAGCUGCAGGCCUCCCUUCCUAAGUUGGGCUAAGGUUUCCUCUCCAUGGGCUGGGGAGGGGUCGCCAGUAGGCCUCGGCGGGUCCUCUUUGGCUCGGACAGCGGUUCUCACGAAGGGUACUGGGCCGGCAUCAUCAGUUUCACCUGGGAACCGGUUAGAAAAGCAAAUUCCCUCGGCCCCACCCAGACCCACGCCAAAGGCAGCUGUGGAGUGGAGCGCAGCGAUGCGCACAUUAACAGCCCUCCAGCUGCCCGGCCACCCUGUUUCUCCGCCCGGAGCCAUGAAUCUCAGUAGCGCCAGCAGCACGGAGGAAAAGGCAGUGACGACCGUGCUCUGGGGCUGCGAACUCAGUCAGGAGAGGCGGACUUGGACCUUCAGACCCCAGCUGGAGGGGAAGCAGAACUGCAGGCUGUUGCUUCAUACGAUUUGCUUGGGAGAGAAAGCCAAAGAAGAGAUGCAUCGCGUGGAGAUCCUGCCCCCAGCAAACCAGGAGGACAAGAAGAUGCAGCCAGUCACCAUUGCCUCGCUCCAGGCCUCAGUCCUCCCCAUGGUCACCAUGGUAGGAGUGCAGCUUUCUCCCCCAGUUACUUUCCAGCUCCGGGCUGGCUCAGGACCCGUGUUCCUCUGUGGCCAGGAACGUUAUGAAGCAUCAGACCUAACCUGGGAGGAGGAGGAGGAGGAAGAAGGGGAGGAGGAGGAAGAAGAGGAGGAAGAUGAUGAGGAUGAGGAUGCAGAUGUAUCUCUGGAGGAGGAAAGCCCUGUCAAACAAGUCAAAAGGCUGGUGCCCCAGAAGCAGACGAGCGUGGCUAAGAAAAAAAAGCUGGAAAAAGAACAAGAGGAAACAAGAGCCAGCGUUAGAGACAAGAGCCCUGCGAAAAAGGCCAAAGCCACAGCCAGACCCAAGAAGCCAGGAUUCAAGAAAUGAGGGGCCACGGUGCAAAGUGGGCCUUCCCUGGACUGUGCUGCGGGCACAGGGUGCCCCUGCCCGGCCCCUCCAUCUGUGUCUGAAUGUGACAGGGGUGUUGUAGGGGCAACAUGAGAGCCCCUCACCCCCAACUCUCCGCUUUCAGGAGACCCCCAGUGAAGAGCCCCACCUCAGGGUCACAAUAAAGUUGCCUAGUCAGGA